ACAUUUCGACCAAUCCCCGUUGAGCUCCUAAAAACGUCACUGUUUGAAGUAUUUCGCGGGAAGCAUACAGGAAGUAUCUCUGCUGCUACUACCGAACGUUCCUCUCCAGACACUUUCCAGAUAAAUUGCCGUGUAAAGUGGCGACAAAGAUGACUGUGCUGCAGUAACAAGUAAAUACUGUUUGUAAAGUUCCUUUUUGUGGCAUGCUUCUCCAGCUACUUAUACAGAGUAACUCUUGCUCAAUACGCAAUUAAACAAAUAUUGAUAUUAGCUGGUUGGCUAAACUGUUAGCUGGCUAGGUUACCAAACUUGAACGACAGCAAAAGCGGUGCUGCUUGUGGCAUUUGUAUAUAUUUGCAAGGCAUUUAAAGGUAAUGUUUCAGUUAAACAUUCAGGCGUAGAGCCCUAAUGCUGGCUCAUUUCAACAAAGGACAGUGCGUCUGGAUAGUUUCAUUAGCAGGUUGACGACACGUCACAAUAUACAAACUUGUCACCAUAUCCAUCAAAAUGAGGAUUUGUCGGGCGGAAUAUAAAACCAUUGCAAGAUACACAGAGCAACUUCGACCAACGAGACAGUGUAUGAAAAUGCUCAAGGAGAAAUUUCCGAAUCACUCGCAGUCCACUCUUCUGAGCAUCUUCUCCCUGGAGUACCAGAAAAGGACGAAAAGAACCAUAUCCAAACACCAUGCCCCCGACGCCAUUGAAGCCUACUACCAGAGGUACCUGACUGAAGCCAAGGCGCGUCCCUCCUCCCCUGUCCUACUAGAGAUUGCCAAUGAGGUGGACCUGUCGCCCGCCCUGCUGGCUCGCCUCGUGGUGGAGCGCUUCUUACAAGAGCAGCAGAGCACGGCAUUUUCGAAGCAAAUCCUGAACAACAUGCUGAGGGAGCCAUCUUUGAUCCAAGAUCUCCCUUUGGCUAAUCAUGUGGCUCAGUGCACAAUAAAUGACUGCUGUUAUGGACCGCUGGUUGACUGCAUCAAACAUGCCAUUGGACAGGAGCACGAGGUUCUGCUCAUGGACAAACUGAUGGAGAAGAACCUGUCCUUUUUAGAUGAAAACCAGCUACGGGUCAAAGGCUACGACAAGACGCCUGACAUUAUUCUAGAGGUGCCAAUAGCUGUGGAAGGCCACGUGGUCCACUGGAUCGAGAGCAAAGCCUCGUUUGGAGACGAUCACAGUCACCGCACCUACCUGAACGAGCAGUUCUGGAGCUACUGGAACAGGUUCGGGCCGGGCAUGGUGAUCUACUGGUACGGGUUCAUCUCCGAACUGGACUGCCAGCGAGACAGAGGGAUCCUCCUGAAAGACUGCUUCCCCUCCGACAUCGUGACCCUCUGCCCAAGGAUGGGCCAGAGCUGAUGCCACUGUGUCUGAGUGUGAGAGAGAGAGAGAGAGAGAGGAGGAGUGUAGGGAAACAUUAUCUGAGUCACAGACCAUGUGUGUGUGUAUGUACUUGAGAUGCAAUGGAUGAAGUGUAUGUGAGACAAAAGGAUGAGGGUAUGUGGGGGGGCGGGGGUGAAGGGGAGGUGGCGGCUGGAUGCUGGUGGAGACAUGAAUCCGGAAGCAAUUUUGCUUUCCUGCAGUGCAAGACUACUGGCAAACAUCUGCUCUGAACUCUGGCUGAACUCCGGCCAGCCGGCCCGGGUUGCUGUAGUACCUCGGUGCUAAAAACACACUGGGGGCCGGCGCUGGGCUGGGAGGCCCCGGAGGAGAGGACACGAGGGCAGGUAGAGGCUUCUUAUCAGAGCCCUGUCCCUCGUCACCCAGCCACCACCCCCUCUCUGUGCUCCGUAGGGCCAGGGGUGAAACCAUCCAUCUAUCCACAUGUUGCUGCUUUCCUGCUUUCUCUCUCUCUCUCUCUCUCUCUGUCUGUCUCUGCCUCCCUCCUU